AUGGAUGUCAGGAGAACAGGACUAAAAAAACAUCAAAGCCAGUCACACACACAUCCCAGAGUAUUCAUACGGAACACCCUCUGUUUUCCCGUAUGCGGCGUGGAAAACGGGGCCAGAACGAUCCUGCAGAAACUUCCUGAGGAAAACUGCUCCGUCAGCCUUUCCCAAGCUCGAGGCCGGCUGUCGCGGAACCUCAGCCAGGGCUCCAGCGCUUCCUUCGCGACUCCACGGACGCUGUGCCCUGCAGGCAGCGUGGCCCAGCGCGUCCCAGACGUGCUCGGAAGUCGCGCGGGUUGCACCUGCCAGGUGGGGGACGCGUUUCUCGGGCGCUGCUGCAGGACGCGCUGUGGCCCGGGAGGCCUGCGAAGGUCAUUAGCGAACGCGCAAGGCUGGGGUCCGCCUCGCUCGCGAUUGGCGCGUCCUCGGGCCUCGGGGGUGUGGGGCAUCCCGCUGGAUCCCCUCAGAAGCCCUGCGGGCGACACCUGUGCGCGGGGCCCGCGCCCACAAGCCCUCAGCCCCGGCGGCUCCGGGGCCGCCCGCCCGCGCUCCCCGCCCGCCGCGCUCCAGGGCGGAGUUUCCUCCUCGGCUCAUUGCGGGGACCGGCGCGGACGGGACGGGAGUCGCCGCAACCGCGGGCGGGGGCCGCCGCCGCGCAGACACCGCCAGAGCUGUCGCCGCCGCCGCUCCUCUGCCGCUGGCUCCGCGCCCCAGCACCGCUCUGCGGCAGCAGCGAGGAGGAAGGGCCGCCGGAGCGCGACUCGGGAGCCCUGGGCCACCGCGGGCCGCCGCGGCCACCGCCAGGCCUCCCCGAACGCCGCCUACGCUCCCGCCGCCUCGACGCAAGGACCCUCCGCCAGCCCCGCAGACACCUGCUCCAGACCCCGAGGCGAGGACACGAUGCGCUCCCCACUGGCUCUCUCGGCGCUGCUGCUGCCGCUGCUGCUGUCGCCGCCGUCGUCGUCGUCGUCGCCGCCCUUGCAGAAUGCAGCCACGUCCUGCUCAGACACCAGCGUAAGCGCUGCAGGCUGCAGCCAGCAGAACCGGACUACAGCAGCCAGUGGCCCAACACAAAGUUCAAACACUGUCAUGCAAAGCACAGCUCCAGCUUCCAGCAGCACAGGGGCAACUUCAGCCGUGGUCAACGAGAGCCCCCCGACGACAGCAAUGGGUGGGAAGCCAACCUCGGGCACUCAUACCACAGCUGCUGAUGACCCAAAGACUACUGACCGUUCAGGCAGCAUGACACCUACACCGUCUACUAUGUUGGCUGAGACCGAAACCACUAGAGGCCAGAGUGGAGUGAAAGAUUCAGCCACGCCUGGAAACCAGAGUAGCCACAGCGUUACCACAAACCCCACAGCCACGAAGGGAGAAAAGGAGGUGACUCUGCACCCCACCACUGUGCCUCGCACCCCGAUACUGACUUCUCUUCCUCCUGCUUCGACCGUCCCAGUCACCCCUCACCAGUCGACUGGUGUUUCUUUGAAGCCCCCCGAGAGCUCUCCCAAGGAACAAGACAAUCUCACUACAGCUUCAAGGAGCCCAGGCACAGAGGCUGGCUCGGGGCCCCCCUCCACACCCGAGGGGAUGCCUGCCACGCCGACACCACUGGUUACCUCACAAGAAGCUCAACACACCUCCCACUUGAUGCCAGCUGUCCCUACAACCUCUUCCUCUGAGGCACCGCUGCCCCCAGGCACAUCAUCGUCCCCAGGCACUUCAUUGGGAACUGUGGCCACGCCUCCUGUCAGAGGACCCACAAGCUCCAGCACGGAGUCGACUUCAGCUGUCCCCCAAGGCUCCUACACACACCCCACCUUGACUCUUGGGAAUAAUAUCCAGAUACAGUGCGGGCCUUCUGAAAGCCUGAAUGAGACUCAGCUGCUCGUCCUGAACUUUACGGGGACCAGUCCCUGUGAAAGGAGCCCUCCAGAUGACAAACUAGUCACACGUCUGUGCCGAGCAGUCAAAGCCACCUUCAACUCAGUGCAGGACCAGUGCCAAAUACUGCUGGCACCUGUUCAGAACAGCCAGGCGGUGGCAGUCAAAAACAUCUUUAUCCAGACAAACUUCCUUCCCAAGGACAUAUAUGAAGUGCUGAAGGACCAAUGGGACUACCUGAAAGAGGCGGGAGUCAGUGACAUGAAGCUGGGGCAUCAAGGACCCCCGGAAGAGGCUGAGGACCGCUUCAGCAUGCCCCUCAUCAUCACCAUAGUCUGCAUGGCAUCCUUCCUGCUCCUCAUUGCCGCCCUCUAUGGCUGCUGCCACCAGCGCCUCUCCCAGAGGAAGGACCAGCAACGACUAACAGAGGAGCUGCAGACAGUGGAGAACGGUUACCAUGACAACCCGACUCUGGAAGUGAUGGAGACCUCUUCUGAGAUGCAGGAGAAGAAGGUGGUCAACCUUAAUGGGGAGCUGGGGGACAGCUGGAUCGUCCCUCUGGACAACCUGACGAAGGACGAUCUCGAGGAGGAAGAAGACACACACCUCUAAUCGGGCCUGCUGGUGGCCGCCCGCAGCCCCGCAGAGCUCCAUGCGGACCACCCAAAGUGCCGUUUGGACAGGGGAGGAAAUCUCCUUCCCAUUUGAGGAGGGAAGACAGGGGAGGGACAGUGGACUCUGAGUGUUACCUCCUCCCAAUACCCCCCACGCCUUAAUUUUCCCCUUUUCAAGCAGGACAAAUCACAUUCUGUCUAGUUUCCUCUUGUAAAAUAACCCACUAGUGCCUGAGCUCAGUGCUUCUGGAAGAUGAGAGAGAGCCAUGUAAGGGACUUCAGAGAUCAUCUAGUGGAAUCCCUUCAUUUCACAGGUGGGGUUACUGAGGCCUAAAGAGAGUAAGUGACUUGACACAGCCACCUGAUGACAGUCAGGAUGGAAACAAAGACACCCUUCCCCUUAGUCCAGUGCUCAUUUUCACCCCUCCAUAGCCGCCCUGAUUGGGGAACUCAGCUGGUGAAUGGGCUGAAGGGAGAGCAGGCCCUAUCCUGUCCCAGUGGGAUCUGAUCACUUCCAAGUACAUGCCCAAGUUUUCUAUUUCCCACCCCAUCCUUGUCUGCCAGAGUUCCUGCCCCCUUCAAUUUCCCCCCUCCCUUCACUCAAUUUUUAUUCCCACUUCGUCACAGGGCCCCUGGGGUUAGCAUAGGACCUUCAUGAUCUUGAACUCCUUGUUCUGGAUUCUGAUUUGCUUGCAUUUGCUUAGUGAGAUUGGGACUUAGCCCACACAAGACUCCAGUGUGAAUGAGGUCUGCUUGAGGGAUUUGUGCACAGAUGAGGAGAGAAGGGGAAGCUCUUCAUCCCCGGUGGCCUCUGCAGUGCACCUGGUUAGGGGUCAGCACUAACACUGGCCCGUGUCCCAAGGUGCUUCUUGAAGAGGCUCCCCAAUAUCUCCUGUGGCCUUCCAUGCCCACAGGGGACUGAAAUCUGCAGUAGCUGCUGAAAGCAAAGUGUUCCUAUUUUGUUCACUGCUUAGCUGGUGGGGGUGAAGACUCAAGCUGGGGACCCCCUGAGACCCAGAGUGAGAGAGCAAUAGCUGUAGGACAGACCUCUCCCAGGGCCCCCAGUCAGCAGAGAUGUGUCUUAGCUGACAAUGGAUUGACACAGCCAGGAGGGACAGGCUCUACUCUCUAUUUCAUAGGAAACUCAGGGACUUUUCAAGUUGCUGGGAGUUUGUUAUAUGUGUUUGUUUGUUUGUUUUUUAAUCCAGCCCUCCACUGCCAAAGGCCAAAGCUCAAAUUGUUGGAAACUUGCCGUUAGCUCAUCUCCCUGAUUCUGAGCCUCCUGUGUGCAGGGAAAGAAAGGCUCAGAACAUAUGCCGUGCAGUUUAGGGUGCAGAAGGGCGGUUUAUUCCCAGUGACUUGUUGCAGUCCUGGCAUGAAGUUAGGCCUCGCUGUUUCCUCUUCUCUAUAGUCCUAAAGGGGCUGCUGUAGUUCUCCUGCAGUUUCUGGAGGCAUCUCAGGGAAACACAAAGCCAUGCCUCUUCCUGGUAGAGGGUUUGUAUGGGCUCAGCAGUUAGCUGCCAUAUAGAAGGCUCCUGAGGACUGGACACAGUGAGGUUUAAUUUGAUUUUCUGAGAAAGGGGAAUCCUGCGUGGAAUUUCGAACUUUGGCCAUGGUCUCUAUUGUUCCUGAGCAUAAAUUCCCUGGAGCCAAGUAAGAAGAUGGGCAGAACUUCUUAAGGGAAUUAAAACUUAUUUUAGGGCAAAAAGUUGCAACACCAGGGUUUUCCAGGCAGACCCAGACUGCAGUAGUUCUGGUGAAACAGGCUAUGUAUGUGCUUCGGGGCAGCUUAUUUUUAAGAAAGGUGCAGGGCAGGGAGGAGAGAGUCAAGGGAGGAUCUCUGUCCUUCCCGGGCUGCCUUGAUUACUUCUUUAUACUCUGUAGCUGUUUGAAAUCCUAGGGUAAAAGGAAGGCCAGGGGUUCAAGUAGGGCUCCCAGCAAGUUUCCUGAGAGAAGAGAUGCUAGGUUAACAAGGAUCCAAGAGCAUUUUCCCUCAUUCUCUAGCAUCUGGAGGUUAGGCAGGAUGGAGAACAGUGCCAGUUUUGGGGGAAAUAGAGGAAAUCUUAUUAGCCCUGGAAAGAACCAAACCAGCAUUUGGUUCUUUCCGGCCAGUGGGUUUCUGUCAUGGCCUCUGUGAGAGAGGCCAGACUGGAUUAUUACUUCUUUGCUGACUCUGGGUCACGUUUCACCAGUCAAGGCUUUCAACAGAGGCAGCAAAUAUGCCUCUGCAAACUGACCAAGGCUGCAACCCCAAGGCCUCUUGGAGAGAGGUGGUGACUGGCAAGGACCAGAGAACAGAAAUUAUGUCAUUAUGCCUGGUCAAGAGGAAUGACUAUGGUUCUAUCCAAGGAGAACCUGGAGAAGCUUUGGGCUUAUUCAGAGGUUUCUUCUUUUUGUGUAUCCAAAUUGUGUUGCUCUAGCCUUUUAGGGCAACUUCAGACUCCAGUACCUUCCCUUGCCCUUGCUGCUGGGACAUUCGUGUCAACGGGCUACACAGCCAUGCAUCUGUAAUGGUCAUUUUCUUCCCCCAUCUUUACUGGGUUCUAAAUGCUGUCUGGUAAUUCAGAUGCUGGGGCUGAGAAGAGGUAAGAGGAACACUGGGAGCUCAGCAGGACUUUAAGUGAGCUGUACGAAAGAGAGGUUAUGAACUCUUUAUUUCAAUGGCUAACUAUGGUUUCCCCAAGCUGCACAAAAGGCCAGUAAUUAUGAAUCCGAUGAUUGGACAAAAGCCAGCAAGAAGCAUGCUUUUGUGUGAGUGGGGAGAGAAGCAGCAGUGCUUAUGAAGGAGGUACAGAAUAUUCUUUGCAUCGUAAAACACAAUACGGGUUCAAUCCAGUCUAGACACCAGAUUUUUUCCCCCUCUUGAUAAGGAAAGCUAGCAAAGAGUUUAUUUAAACCACUUCUUGAGCUUUAUCUUUUUUGACAAUAUAAUGGAGAAACAUUGAAGAACAAGUUCAAAUUGAUAUAUAUACAUAUUUUUUGAUAAUGUAAAUAAAACAGCCACAUGUUAACCCACCCUGCACUGCUUUAAGUGAAUAUACUUUGAAAAAACAUUUGUUAGCUGAGAUGGCUAAGCUUUUUUUUCUCUGAAUAGGAAUGUAAAUGUCUAUCUGAUUAGGAAUGACAAGCUUUUAAUUUUUUUUUUUUAACAAAAAAUGAAACAUAACAAGACAGGCUGAUGACAAAGUAUUUGUCUUGCAGAUCGAGUGCUUUUACUUCAAAAUAUGACCCUCACCUCCUCCCUAGCAGUCCCACCCCAUUAUAGUCAAGGUUGGAAUCAGUGUGCACUAGUUAGAAGGUGACACUGUAGUCAUAAGGAGUGGGUUUUACAGAUCUAGUCCAAUCUUUUUCUACAGAAAAAGAACCUGAAGUCCAGAAAGACAUAAUGAUUUGGCUAAAAUUACAUGGUUAGGGACAAAUAGGAUUAAAACCUGGAUCCACAGACUGUCCAGUGCUAUGUGCCUCAAAGGAAUCAGUGAAUUAAGGACUGCCGCUCAUAGGCACCAGAAUAACACAAAGGACAGCAUUCCCUUCCCAAAUCUUACCCCAGCCAAGCUAGGGAGAGCAAGAAAACAAAAAUGGGAGCCCCACUGGGCUUCUCCACUUCUCAGUCAUUUAGGUCUAAGAUGUAAACAUACAAUUCUUUCUGCCAAGAAACAGUUUUGAAUGAGCUUUUACAUAUGGAACUUCUACUAGCAGGACUAUGGGUCAAAGGGAACAAGCUAGGGGGAGACAGGGCAAGAGUAAAACAAUGGCAUAGCUUUUGUCAUUGUCACUAGCUGAAAACCCAACGCUGAGUGAAAGGAGGGAAUUCCUAAUUGAUGUGGGUCUUUGUUAUUAGCGAAUGUUAAAGUUUGCCCAGGAGACUGCAGGAACGUGUCUUCGUGGACAGGGGUCUGAAGUACACUGGAAUUUACUGAGAAACUUAUUUGUAAAGAUUGUAGUUAAUUAUUGCAUUUUCUUACAAAAAUAUAUUUUGGAAAAUUGUAUACUAUUAAAGUGUUUUUGUGUAAGCUGGUUCAGUCCCUGGUAUUUUGCUCCAGUUGGCUUAAGUUCCUCACAUGUGCGUGAGGCUCAUCACCAAAGCACCCGAGGCCAUCACGUGGGUCCCAUGAAUGCAGCACCUUGCUCUUAGUUAUGCUCGCUGAACUACGCACAGAGAGCAGGAGAAAAGGAGGGAAACUGAGGAAAAGGAAAAGGGAGACCUUGGAGGUGGCGAUGGUUCUCCACGUGAUCUCAGCCUGUCCCCCAACAUUGCUUUAUAAAUGUACUGUCCUCUCUCCUUCCGCCUCACAUACAAACAUGAAUCACCACCACCAGAGGUCCCAA